AAUAAUAAUUUUAGCUAUAGCAACACUUCGACUUUCGACAAAAUUGACACCCGAACGGUGAGGUAGGCUCUUUUUCUGUUUUCAGUCCUUAUUUAUCGUGAAAAUUACACGGUUUUCUUGAUAGUUUGUUGCCGACUACGCUAUUUUAAUGCCUAAAUAUUACUAAGGGCAGGGUAUAGCAGAGGGCUAUAUUGGCGUUGCACACAGCAAUGGUAAUGGAGGCGUCUCCGUCACCGCAGAGCGUCGGUCGCGAGUUCGUGCGACAAUACUACACGCUAUUAAAUAAGGCGCCCGCCCAUCUGCACAGAUUUUACAACAAUUACUCAUCGUUCGUCCACGGAGGGCUGGAUGCGCCCAACCGUGAGACGCUGCCGGUGGUUGGGCAGAAACAGAUUCACAACCGCAUCCAACAGCUUAACUUCCGCGACUGCCAUGCCAAGAUCAGUCAGGUGGACGCGCAGGCCACUCUGGGCAACGGAGUGGUGGUGCAAGUAACGGGCGAGCUGUCCAACGGUGGCGCCCCCAUGCGCCGUUUCACCCAGACCUUCGUACUAGCCGCGCAAUCGCCCAAAAAGUACUACGUCCACAACGACAUCUUCCGUUAUCAGGAUAUCGUUUUCUCGGACGAAGAGGGCUCCGGCUCCGGUCGAUCUGAGGGGGAGGAGGAGGAGUCCCCGGGUACGGGCACUGGCGGCGCGUACUUCCCGCCGCCGCCGGCCGCUGCCGCCUUCCCGGGCGCCUUCCCCGCGCCCCCCGCGCCCCCGGCGCCGCCGCAUCUCAACGGCCAUCCGCUAGCCUUGCACCACCACCGCGAUCUCGUGCAGGCAUUGCACGAAAAUAAGGAGGACAAGCAUUUCGAGCGAGGCGGAACCGGAGCCACCGUCGUCGCCCCCCGUGGCCAGCAGCGCAGCCGCAGCUCCCGCCGCGACCGCUGCGCCCCCGCCGGCGCCGGCCCCCGCUCCCGGGCCGGCCGCGCCGCCGGCGACAGCGGCGCCUGCGGCCGCGCCCCCACGGGCCCCAGCUCGCCGCCCGCGCCGGCCGUGCCGGAGCCGGCCCCGGAGCCCGAGCCGGAGCGCGAGCCCACCCCGCCGCCGCACCCACCGGCAGCCCCGGAGCCUAAGACGUACGCUAACCUCGUGAAGUGCGGAGCGGGAGCGCGCGCCUCCCCGCCCGGCGCGCCCCCCGCCGCGCCCCCGGCCGCUCCCCCUGCGGCGCGCCCCCGCGGGGUGGUGGCGGAGGCGCGCGAGGUGCGCGAGGCGCGCGAGCCGCGGCGCUACUCGGACGCGCAGCAGCUGUUCCUGGGCAACCUGCCGCACUGCGCCACCGAGGACGAGCUGCGCGCGCUCUUCGCCCGCUUCGGGCCCGUCGCCGAGCUGCGCGUGCACUCCAAGCCCGCCGCGCCCGGCGCGCCCAAGCACCCCAACUACGGCUUCAUCACCUACGAGACCUCGCAGGCCGCGCACGACUGCCUCAACGCCGCGCCGCUGUACUUCCCGGGCGAGGGCGCGGAGGGCGGCGUGAAGCUGAACGUGGAGGAGAAGAAGACGCGCGCCCGCGAGCCGGCCCGGCGGCGCCCGCUGUCGUCGCACCGCGCGGCCUUCGCCCCGCGCCAGCCCUACCGCCGCUAGAGCGGGCAGGCCGCGGUAGCUAGUCGGUAGGAAGUUGCUUCGUUGUGUGGCCAGUGGUCGCCCGACGGCGUGCGACGUCCGGUCGGUCGCUCGUCUGUCAUCCUUCGUUUUCACCUAUGUAAGAUAUGCUAAGCUUCUAUGAUGUGUUUCGUUUUAAUUCAAUAUUGAAAUGUGAAUUUAAGUUAAUGAAUGCAGCGUGGAGGUACGUACGUAGUGAGUCGAGCGCGCGGCGGACGGGGGCGCGGCCGUACGACUGUACAUAGUGUUAGGAAUAUGAGACGCCGCCGCGUCGCUGACUUCACGAAAUAAUAAAUUCUAGAUUAGCUCCGAAACCCUUUCCAGAUUAUAUAAAUAACGUAUUUUGUAUUAAAAUAAAACGUAUGUUAUUGUAUCGAUUCGCUAAAACGAUAUUGAUGCAGAUGUUCUUAUGCAUUUACUUAGAUAUCUAUGAAAUAACAAUUAUGUAACGGAUGCCGGUCGCAGUAGCGCGCUGUCGCCGCCUUGUGGCGACUACUGGUCCCUGGUAGCGACUACUGAUCCCUGGUAGCGGCUACUGGUCCCUGGUAGCGACUACUGGUCCCUGGUAGCGGCUACUGGUCCCUGGUAGCGACUACUGGUCCCUGGUAGCGACUACUGGUCCCUGGUAGCGGCUACUGGUCCCUGGUAGCGACUACUGGUCCCUGGUAGCGGCUACUGAUCCCUGGUAGCGGUUACUGGUCCCUGGUAGCGGCUACUGGUCCCUGGUAGCGACUACUGGUCCCUGGUAGCGACUACUGGUCCCUGGUAGCGACUACUGGUCCCUGGUAGCGACUACUGGUCCCUGGUAGCGGCUACUGGUCCCUGGUAGCGACUACUGGUCCCUGGUAGCGGCUACUGGUCCCUGGUAGCGGCUACUGGUCCCUGGUAGCGGCUACUGGUCCCUGGUAGCGGCUACUGCUUGCACUGACAGCACACACUACUGCGUGCCAGUAUCGAUAACGAUUUCAAACUGUAUUAUAUUCUAAUAUUAUUAUUAGUUAAAAAAACUAAAAAAUGGCAGUGACUGUAUUUUUUUAUUUAGUUUUUCAUCGAUUUUUUAACUGUACUACUAAUAUGUGUAAGUACAUUGUUUUUGUAUUGAGUUGUGAAGCAUGUAGUAGUACUACGUGCUGUGCAAAAUUUCGUGUACUUAUUUAUUGUAAAUAUAAUAUUCGAGAGUCUCGUUACGCUGUAGUAGGACGGACAUCGCGUCCAUGUCGCAGCCGGCGCCAACGUCUCCAAUACUCAGCCCUCAGUGCGGGCGUGACGUCAGCGAUGUCUGUCCCGAGUGGGCAGGCCCGCUCUAUCUUACACUACACACGUUUACUUGGAAACGUUGCUCGUGUCUCUUAAUUACGCGUCCCGUAAUUGUUAUCAGAGGAAACUUUCAUUGUCGUUAUAACAGCGUUUGCAAGUAAAAUAAGCGAUUCUGUAAACAAAAUUUAGAGCCAACACUACUAAACAACCGCUACCUCCCGUGUAUGGCCGGGAACUGUCGGCUCUUGUAUCGACUUCGGUGUCGUCUGGUAGCCAUCGCCGACAUAACAACGUAGGUGGUUGUAAUGGUUCCCCAGCAGUAGCAGUGUGGGAUCUAAAGUUUGUGAAGUACAGUUGUAAACUAAUGUAUCAUGCGCAGCGACCAGCUGGCGGCGCGGGCACGCGGCGUACUGGCGGCGUGGCCGCGGCGGUCAGGCAGCGUGGCCGCGGCGUACCCGCAGCGUGCCCGCGGCACCAAGCGUUGCCCCUCUCUAAUAGAGAUGUACUUUUUGUAACA